AUGCGCCUCGCCCCUCCCCCUUUCCGCCCAGCAGGUCUCCAGGAGGCGGCUCCCGUCACCCUGAAGUUUGAGUUUAACCCAAAGCUGGGCAUUGAUAAUCCUGUCCUGUCCCUGGCGGAAGACCAUGGCCCCUCUGACGUCUGGCUGUGCCCGGAGCGGCCCCGCUUCUGUCUGCUGAGCCAGGAGGAGGGCGGGAGCUUCGGCUUCCACCUCCGGCAGGAGCUGGGCGGGGCCGGCCACGUGGUGUGCAGGGUGGAGCCCGGCACCGCCGCCCAGCGGCAGGGUCUGCGGGAAGGAGACCGGAUCCUGGCCGUGAACCGCCACGCGGUGGAGCGUGAAGCCUUGGAGGUGGUGGCGCGCCGCAUCCGGGCCAGCGGCCCUCGGGUGCUGCUGGCGGUGGUGGCGGGGCAGGCGCACGACGCGGCCCGAGCCCGGCAGGGCGACGGCGCCCUUCUCUGCCCCACGCUCGGCCCCGGGGUCCGGCCCCGGCUGUGCCACAUCGUGAGAGACGAGGGUGGCUUUGGCUUCAGUGUCACCCACGAACACCAAGGUUCUUUCUGGUUGGUGCUGAGUCCCGGAGGGGCCGCUGAGCGGGCAGGGGUGCCCCCGGGGGCCCGGCUGUUGGAGGUGAACGGGCUCAGCGUGGAGCAGCUCACUCACAGCCAGCUCAGCAGGCGGCUUUGGCAGAGUGGCGAGCAGGUGACGCUGCUGGUGGCAGGGCCGGAGGUGGAGGAGCAGUGUCGCCAGCUGGGAGUGCCCCUGGCCGCACCCCUGGCAGAGGGCUGGGCCCUGCCCUCGGGGCCCCGCUGUCUGCACCUGGAGAAGGGGCCCCAGGGCUUCGGGUUCUUGCUCCGGGAGGAGAAGGGCCUUGGUGGUCGCCUCGGGCAGUUCCUGCGGGAGGUGGACCCGGGGCUGCCGGCCGACAAGGCUGGGAUGCAGGCUGGGGACCGGCUGGUGGCCGUGGCCGGGGAGAGUGUGGAGGGGCUGGGCCACGAGGAGACGGUGUCCAGGAUCCGAGCUCAGGGCUCCCGCGUGGCGCUCACUGUCGUGGACCCCGAGGCGGACCGCUUCUUCAGAAUGGUGCGCCUGUCCCCGCUCCUCUUCCUGGAGAGCGCGGAGGCCCCCGCCUCGCCGCAGAGCACCCGCCCGGCCCCCGGGGCUGAGCCCGAGGGCCCACCUGGGGAAGACACAGCCCUGCCUCCCGCCCCGCGUGGCUCCCGCCAGUGCUGCUUGUACCCCGGGCCCGGCGGCGGCUAUGGCUUCCGCCUCAGCUACGUGGCCAGCGGGCCCCGCCUCUCCAUCGCCCAGGUGACGCCAGGGGGCGCGGCUGCCCGGGCGGGGCUGCAGCCGGGAGACGAGAUCCUGGAGGUGAACGGGCGCCCUGUGGCCGGAGAGCACGGCGUGGCCAGGCUCCACCAGCUGGCCGAGGCCGAGCCCCCUCUGUGCCUGAAGCUGGGGGCCAGGUCUCCGCGGGGCUGGAGCGGGCUGUAGCCUCGGGUCUGCCGGACUGCCCCCUCCUCGGCGGCCAGGCCAGUAGCUUCCCUGCCUUCCCGCUCCA